UUAAAAUAAGGUGCAGGAGCGCUCGUGCACGUCACGGCGGUCAUGGAGGCCAGUGUCGGGCGCGCGCAUCCCGGUUCGUUACGUCACUUGAAGCGCCCUGGCUCGUAGCUCUGGCAAAGAGAGGAAGAAAACGACAGAAGUACUCUAAAACAGGGCUUUACCCGCCGUUAUCAGCUCUCAAAGUGAUAACGGUCCGUCUACAACAAUAGAUACAGGCACAGCCAUCUCACCAAACCGGACUAACCGCUUGUGGAAGAAGGAAUAUAACAUGACCAGAUUAAACGGAUAAAAUCAGCCACUCUUCAACACAUGAAAAUGAAUCAUCUGCAUCUUGGAACGCUUAAAAUAAGCCAAAAGUAGAACACAGACACAUUUACAAAAAUCAUCUUAUCAGUCCAUAUUGUCCUUUUCUCUUCACUCUUGCCCUUCUCCGGUCAAAACCACCAUGUAUGGUAGUGCCCGAUCCGUAGGCAAAGUGGAGGGCAACCACAGCGGCGGGAGCAAUCAGAGUCCCGGUCGCUCACCCCGUCUCCCUCGCUCGCCCCGCCUGGGCCACCGCCGCACCAACAGCACAGGGGGCAGCGGAGCCGGAGCGGGAGGUCCAGGUGGUAAAACCCUUUCUAUGGAGAAUAUCCAGUCUCUCAAUGCUGCCUAUGCCACAUCCGGCCCCAUGUACCUGAGCGACAACGAGGUGGUGACAUCCGGCCCAGACCUGCCGAAGAGCACCAUGACACUGGGCCGCUCGGGAGGACGGGUGCCAUAUGGUGUGCGCACCACCAUCAUGGGAUCCAGCCCAAACAUCUCCACCGGGGCUCCCAGCUCUGUUCCCGCUGAUGCCAUUGCUUUUGGAGACCACCAUAUGCCUUCCACCCUGGCAUCCACUGUGCCUCAUUCGCUGCGCCAGGCACGGGACAACACCAUCAUGGACCUGCAGACCCAGCUCAAGGAGGUGCUCAGGGAGAACGAACUCCUGCGGAAGGAGGUGGAUGUGAAAGAGAGCAAACUCAGCUCCUCCAUGAGCUCCAUUAAGACCUUCUGGAGCCCCGAGCUGAAAAAGGAGCGUGCCCUGCGCAAGGACGAGGCGUCAAAGAUUGCUGUGUGGAAAGAGCAGUACAGAGUCGUCCAGGAUGAGAACCAGCAUUUCCAGAUGACCAUCCAGGCCCUCCAGGAUGAGCUGCGGAUCCAGAGAGAUCUGAACCAGCUGUUCCAGCAGGACCCCAGCGUUCAUCCCGGCGAGCCCCUGACCGCCGAGCUGACCGAGGAGAACUUCCAGCGGCUGCACAGUGAGCAUGAGCGACAGGCCAAGGAACUGUUCCUCCUGAGGAGGACUCUUGAGGAGAUGGAGCUGCGCAUUGACACGCAGAAACAGACUCUCUGCGCUCGAGACGAAUCCAUCAAGAAGCUCCUGGAGAUGUUGCAGAGCAAAGGGCUGUCGGCCAAGGCCAGCGAGGAGGACCACGAGCGGACACGGAGGCUGGCUGAUGCUGAGAUGCAUAUCCAUCACCUGGAAAGCCUUUUGGAGCAGAGAGAGAAGGAAAUGGUCUUGCUGAGGGAGGAUCUCCACCGACGAUUUGAGGGAGCUCCGGAAUCUGCCAAAACCAAGGCACUGCAGACUGUCAUCGAGAUGAAGGACUCUAAGAUCAGCUCUCUGGAGCGCAGUCUGAGGGACCUGGAGGACGAGAUACAGAUGCUCAAGUCAAACGGGGCUCUCAGCACAGAGGAGAGGGAGGAGGAGAUGAAACAGAUGGAGGUCUACCGCAGUCACUCCAAGUUCAUGAAGAACAAGGUAGAGCAACUGAAGGACGAACUGGCGCAGAGCGAAGCGCAGGGCGAGGAGCUGAAAAAGCGGGCGGCUGAGCUGCAGCAAGAGGUCUCUGCUAUUGACCAGGUGAAGCAGGAUCUCUCCAGGAAGGACACUGAGCUCUUGGGUCUGCAGACUAAACUGGAGAUGCUUACCAAUCAGUUUUCUGACAGCAAACAGCACGUCGAUGUGCUCAAAGAGUCUCUCACCGCCAAAGAACAGCGUGCUGCCAUCCUGCAGACUGAGGUUGAUGCUCUGCGUUUACGUCUGGAGGAGAAGGAGGCUACGCUUAAUAAAAAGAGCAAGCAGAUUCAGGAAAUGUCAGAGGAGAAGGGCACCCUGAACGGAGAAAUUCACGACCUCAAAGACAUGCUUGACGUCAAGGAGCGCAAGGUCAUCGUGCUUCAGAAGAAGAUUGAGAACCUGCAGGAGCAGCUGAAGGAUAAGGAGAAGCAGAUGACCAGCCUGAAGGAGCGCGUCAAAUCUCUGCAGGCCGACACUUCAAACACGGACACGGCCCUCACCACGCUGGAGGAGGCCCUGGCUGAGAAGGAGCGUAUUAUCGAGCGUCUGAAGGAACAGAGGGAUAGAGACGAGAGAGAGAAGAGCGAAGAACUGGAGAGCAGCAAGAAAGAACUGAAAGAGCUGAAAGAGAAGGUCAGCUUACUGCAGGGAGAGCUGUCCGAUCGCGAGGCCUCUCUAUUGGACCUAAAGGAGCACGCCUCAUCCCUGGCCUCCUCUGGACUGAAGAAGGACUCCAAGCUGAAGAGUCUUGAAAUCGCUCUUGAGCAGAAGAGAGAGGAAUGCACCAAACUUGAGAGUCAACUCAAGAAGCGCUCUGAGCUCAUGUCAGGCCAUCCCUUCAAUCUUGCUCAGUCAAUUGCAGUUGAGGCUCAGACAAAUGCAGGACUAUCGGAGCGCAUUGACUCACUUGAGCAGGAGGUGGUGCGGUACAAAGAGGAUGCUGGGAAGGCACAGGCCGAGGUGGACCGGCUCUUGGAAAUCCUCAGAGAGAUGGAGAAUGAGAAGAACGACAAGGAUCGCAAGAUCAGUGACCUGGAGAGGCAAAUGAAAGACCAAACCAAGAAGGUUGCCAAUCUGAAGCACAAAGAGCAGGUGGAGAAGAACAAGAAUGCUCAGUUGAUGGAAGAGGCUCGUAAACGAGAGGAUAACAUGAACGAGUGUUCUCAACAGAUUAAGGAUUCUCUGCAGCAGAAGGAUGAGCGCAUCGAGGAGCUGGAGGAGGCCUUGCGUGAGAGCGUACAGAUCACGGCCGAGAGAGAAAUGGUGUUAGCACAAGAGGAAUCUGCCCGUGCAAAUGCAGAGAAACAGAUGGAGGAACUUUUGGCCGCCAUGGAAAAGGUGAAGCAAGAGUUGGAGUCCAUGAAGGCCAAGCUGUCGUCUACCCAGCAGUCCCUGGCCGAGAAGGAGGCCCACCUGACCACACUGAGGGCAGAGCGCAGAAAGCACCUGGAGGAGGUUCUGGAAAUGAAGCAGGAGGCGCUAUUGGCAGCCAUCAGUGAGAAGGAUGCCAACAUCGCUCUUCUAGAGCUGUCGUCCUCAAAGAAGAAGAAGACUCAAGAUGAGGUGGCUUUGCUGAAGAGGGAGAAAGACCGACUGGUACAUCAGCUCAAACAGCAGACGCAGAACCGUAUGAAGUUAAUGGCUGAUAACUACGAGGAUGACCACCUCAAGGCCUCUAAUUCUGACCAGACCAAUCACAAACCCUCUCCGGAUCAGAUUAUCCCCCCACUCAUAGACCUCAAUCAAAACCGCAGUAAGCUGAAACUGUACAUCGGCCACCUCACGGCCCUGUGCCACGAGAGAGACCCCCACAUCCUGCAGGACCUGGCCCCGCCCUCUGCAUACCACCGCAGCCAACAGGACGCCUGGGAGGAGGAGCUUCAGAAGAUGAGUCCUGAGCAGCUGGAAUCCGAGCUGGAGCAGUGUGAACGAGAGAGUGCCGAACUACAGGAAUACGCAAACUCCGUCCUGCAACAGAUUGCUGAUCACUGCCCGGACAUCCUGGAACAAGUGGUCAACGCUCUAGAGGAGUCCUGCUGACCGGAGCAGAACCAGGAGCUCACUCUUCCUGCUUCUCCUUCCCUUUCUUCUGUGUUUCACUUGAUUUCACAGAAUGCCAGCACACAGACACAAACUCUUGUACCCUCACCUGCAUGCACAAAUCAAAGGACAGACACAUACGGGAAAGACUGACAGCUCACAAGUCAAGGGUGUGCGAAUGGUGGGCUUUUCUUCUGCCAUUCCCUACCACCACAUUCAUCCCCUCUGCACCUUCAGAAUCCCGUUUACACUCACAUAAACAUGGGGAAGGAGAAACCGGCAGGGAAGCUUAGUAUUAUAAGACAUGUUCACUCAUUUAGUUAAACCCGUCCUGCGGGAGGUGAAGUUCUCUCUGUGAGGGUCAGGAAAUAGUCUCCUUAUCUUGAUAUACACUAUUGCAACAGCUUUUAAAAGCUGCAGGAUUUUGAAACCGUUUUGAAGCAAUUUAGAUUUUUUUUCCCCUCCCUCCUCCUCCUCCUCCCUUUUUUCUAGAUGCUUUGUUACUGACGUUAAAUUAUGGGUCAUUCGCGCAGGGCAAAACUCCUGCACUCUCGAACCAUCUGGUUUCACUCAAAACUUGGUUAAUGCUCCGGUUGUGCCAGCAGGCAGUCCGUGCGGACUUAAACAUACUUUUACUAUCGAAGUCAGUAGCGGGUUUAGAUUACUGCAACCCCCACCAUCUGGGAAUUUACUAUUGACUUGGUUACUGGCCGAUUUCCUCCCCAAGUCUCAUUCAUAAAAGUUACGAAAUGGACAAUAUGGGUAAUGUUAUCCCGUAUGCACCUGUCACCAGCUAAAGAAACCACAGCCCUGGUUUGUGUCUGUUAAAGGUGAGAGGAAGAAAAUUAUUUGCCUUGGAAGUUGUAGGUUUAUUGCUGCUAACAUUUGUCUUUGCAUGUGGCAGGUUUGGUUUGCUCGUGUUUUUCUAUAGCUCUCUGAUGAUGCCGAGGGCGGUAAAACAGAGGGUGUAUUACCGACGCAGAUGUUGUGGACGCAGAAGUGCCUCAUCAUCAGAGAGCAGCUGCCACACAUCACUGGAAUAGGAAAAUAGGCACCUAUCACUCAUUCCGUACUUUGAAAACUAUGUGGUCUCACACUGGGAUGAAGACUGGCGGUAGUUUCUCAGUUUGCUAAUUUUCCAAAGCAAAGAGUCAGAGACUACAAGUUUUUUCUUGAUGGAUAAGGUCAAAUAUAAGUAGCUGUUUAGAUACCCUCUUGCUUUAUUCCUCUGUCUUUUUUGGAUCAGUUGUUUUUUGCGGUUGCUUUCUGAGAUAUCAUCGAGCUUUGAUCCCAAGCAUCUUGCAUGUACCAUCAUGCUCCUGUCUUUCUCUUUGCUUGGCUUCAUAUCAUCAUCCUCAGACCCGGGCGUCUCUGUUAGCACCACCGGCAGGUGUAUCCUCUUUCACUUUAUGGUUAUAUGGGUCUAUAUCUGUUGGAAUUGGGUGUCCUUUUUUGGAGUGAUAAGAUACAACCUCGUUCAACUUGUGAUAAAGGUGUUCGGCUUUUGCUUUAAAGUCCAGAGUCGACUGCCCCUGUGGAUGACACUGGGCGUAACGUGCCCUCUGCUCUUCACUCUCUGUAUCUCCUCAUCACUCCCUCAUUCAUGCCUGUGUGUAGUUUAUUGCUCUGACCUGCUGUGUUGUGUUAGUCAUACUCCUCUCUGCACGAUAAGCCCGACAGACAAGACAAACAGCACGAGAUCACAGUGAAUAUAACCAUCUCUCUAUCACCAUACCACCUCUCCUCAUGCCCAAACGCACUGGUUUUGAGGGAACCUGCCACGUGUUUUGGGGCAAAACAUUCGCUUUACCCUGAUUUGAUUGCACUGUGUCUCUCUAAUCUAGUAGCUGUAACUACUACUAGUAUAUUGUUCUCCAGAGGUUCAUGUUUGUUUGUCUCUGUGAAUGAUUUAGACUAAAAGACGGGUUUACGUAUUUGGGUGAAUUUCAUAAAAACGCAUUCAGGUCACAUUGUUCACCAAAAUCAUCAGAAAUUAUAUAUUGCAAAAAAUUAAGCUUCAUUAUUUUCAUGAAAACUAAGCACAUUUUCCCUCAAAGUUCUGAAGGCAUUUAAAUUAAGUAUUAAUAUUAGUAUUAUUUUAUAUAGCUUUAUUAUUUGUAUUAUUUUAAUUCAUAUUAUUCUUUAUCAUAUUUUCCAUGAGAUUCUGAUUACAAAGAAAAUGCUGUAUUACAGUUUCAAAGAAAUCUCCAAAAAUCCAAAAUUAAAGUUAAAUAAAUGUAAAACAUUUUAUUUAAAUUUGUAUAAAUUAAAGUCAGUCAAAUAAACACUAACUUGAAGUAAAUAACUUUAAAUAUUUUUUUACCACUUUACUGUACUUUUUUGCAUUAUGGUAAUGAGAAUUUAAAAUGUGCUUAAUUGUCAUGAAACACACAAAAUAUAAUUUUCUGUUUCCCAUGUAGUUAUGAGAUUCACCUUAUUGCAUCUAUAAUUUACUAAAGCUUAAUGUGGCAAUGUGGAGCCACUUUAACAACGUAUUCCCAUGCUCACAUUAGCAAUGCCAAGAAAACGCCUUUCCGCUUGCCAUUCUCACCCUUGGCAUCUUAUUGCAUAUCUACAAAGUAUUUUAUGGUUUUAAUUACAGCUGAUGGACUUCCUCAUGAGGACAUAAAUGUGACAAGCAGCUCUUUUGGGCUUAUAAAAUCAAAAAGCUGAUUGAUGACGUCCAUCCUGUUUUCAUCUCUGUUGCUUUUUUCCCGUCUGCUAUCUCAUUCAGGCACAAACACAGUUUUGGCCAUUACCCGUGGGUCUCUGAAAUCUGGGGCUCAGUUAUCUUCACUAUGGCUAAAUCUCCCCGCUUAGACUAAACACAGACCCCUCGCACACACACACUCGCUAUCACAGGCCCUCACAGGCCCUCUCGCGAUUUAUGUCCUUCAGUACAGGAGCUGGCCUCAGCGCAGAGCACUCCAGAGAAUUCCCUAAGAAAACAAAAAGAAGGAACGCAGUGAUAAGCGGGAGCAGAUCAGAGAAAGAAUGACCCAGCGCUUUGCAGAGGGUGUUAUUGUGUUUUGAGUGAGUGUCUCUCUGGAGCUCUGGUAUUUCUGUGAUUGCUGGUUAUAGGCAGACCUAAUCACACAGAAGAGUAUGGAAAUUCCCUGCAGGCUUUGGAUCGCUCCGUGUGUCUCAAUGAUUCCUCCUUGUGUUUUUGAGGAAUUACAGAGAUCUACACCAGCGCUCUCUGCUCAGAAGCGAAUUACCAAUAAUACCGAUAUUCAGUAGCACUUUGUAUGAAGCCUGUAUCUAUUGCAGUAUUUUGAGUGCAGAUUCAUUCACAAUAACUUGCUUAGCCAGGUUAACAACUUUAACGACUAUAAUGCACUAUAAAACAACAUGAAAUCUGGUGUUGAUACUGUGUGGGUUUUUUUAAAGGGUGUAACCAUUAGAUAAGUAUUAUAGUGCAUUAAACAGUUGUAUUAUAAGGAAUUAAGAAUGCAUUGUAUUAGCAAAAUUGGGUCACUUUUUGAUCUUGAAGAUGGAAACCAGGCCAAUUCUGUUUAUAUGAUGCAUUAGAACACCCCAUGUACCUGAAUUCACUCUGUUAUCUUCUAUAUAACCCUAUACAGGCUUCAUAGAAGUGCUUAGAAUUUUUUUUUUACAUACGUUUCACUGUUUUCUUUUUCUUUUUUUGCAAACCACUCUUGUUAAUUUAUAGGAGCAGCUCAUAGGAUGUGGUCAGCUGACUUUCCAUACCAUUUGGCUUUUUACAUCUACCUGGCUUAAAACUGCGUUCAGCCAUGAGUGUGAAUGAGCAUGAGGUGUUGCUUCAUGUUUUAGUAUGAACAUUUUUCAUCCUCAUUAAACUUACCGAGGCAUGUCUGUGGAGGGAGAGAGAGAAAGAGCAAGAGAGAGGCUGUAAGGGCCCGACUUAUUUUCCAUUCGCUGUCAAGAUUUUUAUUCAACCCUAUUUUGCCCUAAAACAUGAGACAUUUAUCAUAGUGUCUACUUAAAUGCUUCACAAAAUGGAUUACAUCAUGUUGCAUGUCCCAUAAUUCUUAGUGUUAAUCAGUGAUCCUGAGUUUUGUCAUACAGAUGUUAUAAUCGUCUUUAAUUCGUUACUGAAGAACUGUGAGAACACUGCCAGAGACGUCUCAUACACACACAUGCAUAUACAGAAAUCUCUAUUUAUAUAUGUCCAUGGUUGGACCUAGACUUAGUUGAACAAUUUGCACAAGCGUCUGGGGAAGAGAAUAUAUCCGUCUGAACAAAAUGGCUGCAUUUAUUAAAAAAAUAAAAUAAAAUGAACCAGUAACCCUAACUUUUGUCUUGAAAUAAAAAUUAAAGAAAAAGCAAAGCCUUUCUAAGUGUCAAAUCAAAGCUGUUAACAAAGAUUUUCAAAAUUGUUACCAUGUGGUUGAUGAUGUAUUGUUUCUAUCUUUCCUUGCAUCUUGAUUCCAGCUCAUCUUACAGUAAUAUUUUUUUUCAGUCCUUGAUAGUGUGUGUGUGUGUGAUUCCGAUGUUAUAAAACUGCAUUACAAAACAUGUAUAUCUAUUCUUGGGCUUGGAGAAACAUCCGUGACCGUGUUUCGAGUUGACUGAGGGAUGCCAAGACCUUUGCUUGAGUACUGUGAUUCUAAUAGCACUCUGGGUUGCUGGGAAGUCAGUCUUAUUUUAGAUUAGCAUCAUUCGUACAUUUUCAGGAGAUAAUAACAGUGUUGUGUUGACCGUUUUGGUCAGAUGAUCAGCAUCACUUAACACGAAGCCUCAUUUUUUUGUUCGUAGUAAUUUAUCACACGCAUAAACACACUUUAAGUUUUUAUGGCGUCCUAAGUAGAUUGCCUAUUAAAUUGUUUACUUAUUAACUCAUCUUGAAUAGUCAUUAUUUACCCAAACGGUCCGUCAACACGUCCACAUUUUUCAUGCAUUACUUGCCUCCACUUAGUUUGAUGGACUGAGACUGUUUAAAGCACGAAACCACAUAAAACAUCCUCUGAAGGAUUUGGCAAGUUUAUGUCUGACUUUCCGUUCUCCAUCUGAGUGAAUUCAGUGCCAAAUGAAGCUAGUCUGCUCUAGAAAGUGCCACAAAUAAUAACCUGCCUGUCGUUCAUCAGCAACCAAAGCCAGGUCACGUGACCUUUUACUGUUUAUAUCAUGUUUGCAUUAUAUUUAAAGCUUUAAACCUUAAUUGACACAAUAAAAGGUCAAACCGAAUGCAGGCCUGCUGUGCUCGCUUAGCUGCUGGAGUCCAGCUAGAUGAAACACCAGAACGGACGCCUUUAUUUAGUGUCUAAUAGACUUAUUCCAGUGUCUGAGUUGAAUGAAGCAGCAUUAUUCACAAGGACCUAAUCUUCAUUUCGACUCAGAACUGUGUAUGUGGUAACAUAGUCGUUUUCCAGACUGUAAAAAGUUCUGUGUGCCUAUGUGAGAGAAUAUGUCAGGCUUGUAGUUGGCACUUCUUAUAUUUUUUCCCUCUGGAAAUUUGUCCGAAUAAAGUGUCAGACCUCAAUAUCACCCCAUCCACAUCAUGUCCUCUUGGCUCCAGCAACCCUGCCUUCUGUUAGAGCAAGGGUCUAUCUUUUCUAAUGAUUCAUGCUGUUUUUCUACACAGUACACAGAAACACUGUCAAGGAGGAUUCCCUUUUCCCUUUUAAUUUAAUGAAGAAAAAUAAAUGGAAAAAUGUCAACAAUCCCAAAGCUGGUCAUCUUUCAUGUUUUUUUUUUUAUGAUAUUUUCAUGUUCACAAAAAAUACUGCCUUAUGUCUGUGUGGAAAAGAUAAAAGAUUUCUGUAAAAGAAAAUGAAAAAUAAAAAGGCGUAUUGUAUUCA